AUGGAUUCAUCAGCGGAUGUAAAUCUUCCAUAUGUCUUUUGGUUCAAUGAAAAGAUGUAUGAAGUUGAUGGCGAUACUUUCGCAAAGCUUUCAAAGAAAUUCCCAGAAGUUCGUCAGGAAAAUCCAAAUCAAUUCAUAGUUUCUCAGAAUUAUAAUCCAGAAACAUUCGAAGCUUUCCUCGCUGCAUGCCAGCUCAAGCCUUUUAACGUUGAUAAAAAUAACGCAUUCGAGCUCCGUCAACUCGCACUUGAAUGGAAAGUUCCAACAUUACAGAAUUUCGUUGAAAACUACAUAGAAGAGAAGAAACUUACUCCACCACCAACAAUUGAUUACUUAGGAAUCCUUAUUGAGCACGUUGCUGAUAAUUGUGAUACAUAUCAGGAUUGGAUCAACGUUGCUAACGAUUUCAAUAAAGUUCUUACAGAUCCACGCUUCGAGCAGCUUCCUGCCGAAGUUAUUUUCCAAGUUCUUGCAAUGGCUGAUAGAAAAGGAGUAAAUCAGCUUGCUCUUAUUGAAUUCGUUAUGAAAUUAUACGAUUCCAAUCCAAACAAAGCAGUACCACUUAUGCUUCGUCUUGAUUUCUCUCUUCUUUCAAAAGAACAACUUGAAAAAAUAUUUAAUAACAGACUUACACACGAACAGAACAUUUCAUUCUUCAUUGCAUCUACAUUAAGUGCCGUUGAUAAUAAGGUAGAAAUUGCUAUCAGAAAUAUGCAAAAACGCCGUUUAAUCGAAAUGACUGUUCUUAAAAACAAUAUUCGCAGAAAACGAGAGCUCGCUAUGCAGCAGCGUAGUGAGGAAUACCAACGCGAGGCAGAAGAGCUUCGUGCCGAAGUUGCUCGUCAACAGAGGAUGAUUGAUGAAUUAGAAGGCCUCGUACAAGAACAUCGUGACCGCCUUUCAUCAGAAGAACGUCGUGUUACUGCCAGAAGAACCCCAAUUGCCGACGAUGCCCUUGAAAGAAUUAAUAGUUCAGUUAAUUCCGAAAUUGAAAGGCUCGAUGAAGAAGCAGAGAAGCAAAAGAUGGACUUCUUCACGAGGAUGGACAGAAUGGCCUUCGAUUCCCCAAGAACUGCUAAGCAAUUCUUUACAUCUGCUGCAGAAAAAAGUGUCAGCCAAACAACAAGAGCACAGUCACUUGCAAGAAGUCUCAAUGCACUUACUACAGAGACAGAUGCUGCUGCUUCGCAGACAAAGGCUGAAAUGGACAGAGUUUCUGCUUAUCUCAGUGCAAAGAUUCUCAAAGACAAGCUCAGAUACGACCAAUUCAUCAGAAGAACUACUCAGCGCCACAAACCAUUCGAUUCUUCCAAGUUCUACGGAUCUACGCCUUCACAGGUCAAAUCUGCAGAAGAAGAGCUUACAAAGAUAGAAGCUGCACUCGACAGACUCUGCCCAUUGAGACAGAGUCAAGCAAUGUCACCGCCAAAUUCACCACAAAGAGGAUAA